GUUUUUCACAGGCCGACGAGCUUCCUUCCUUCCUUCACGUUUUCCUUGCGUGUUUUUUUUUUUAUUUUUGGAGGGCGCGCGCUUAAAACUUUGAAAGGAAGAAACGACACCGGAAAAGGAAGAACGUUGAACCCGGGACUGGAAGAGCGGAGUGAAAAACAGUUUUGAAGAAAGGAGCCCUUCAGUAUUACUGCAAUCCGUCAACCUUCUAUUCUACAUUUCCUACUGGGCAUUAUUGAAAUACCCUCUCGUGAGAUAGCUUACACCUGCAUCGCCCCUUUGUGGAUGGUACAUCAGGAAGCGCAGUGGCAGCUCGUCCUAUCUCUAUACUAUAUACACUGCCAUUCUGCCCUCAGCUUCAAAGCUGCAGCGCACAACGCGUUCGACACUAUCGGUAACCCGCAAUGGCCGGUGUCAAGCUUGCAAGACGAGCAUCAUACACCGCCUUAAAGGACUCUGCCAUCGACGUUUCCGCACCAUCCCUUUUUGACACCCGUCCGGCAUCUGCACCAUCUCCUUUUCCCCAAGCUUUGAAAGAGAACGAAAUGCUACUUCCUGGUCCCGCUGAUAUCCGUAACAAUCGAAGAAGGGCUGGCAAGCGAUCGCUCCUCACUGUCCGAUUGAGCAUGCUCGCUGGUGUCCUCUUUGGCUGGGCAUUUGUCAUUUGGCGUCUUGCCGUUAAUCUGCCAGCCACAGAGGAUGACAUACAUAUUCCAAGGAGCCUCGACGAUCUAAAGAGUCAAUCAGUUCUAUUACAAUCAUAUUCUGCAGCGCACUUUAUGCCUGUAUUCAUUUUGUUCACUACCGUAUUCGUGUUUAAGCAAACGUUUGCGGUCCCCGGGUCGGCCUUGAUGAAUAUUCUCGGUGGCGUCUUGUAUGGUUUUUGGGCCUUCCCUCUCGUAUCGUUCCUUACAGCAGUAGGGUCGACAUUUUCGUAUUUGCUUUCUCAAUAUCUCCUGGGAGAGUUGAUCGUGGAACGGUUCGCCCGGUCGAAUCUCAACUACCUAAAGCGAAGGGUAGAAACAAACCGGGAGAAAGGAAAUCUAUUCUAUUAUCUGUUAUUUUUGCGCCUCUUUCCCUUUUCUCCAAAUUGGUUUCUUAAUAUGGCGAGUCCAUUUGUUGGCGUACCGAUUCUGCCAUUCUUCCUUUCCAUAUUCUUUGGCCUGAUACCGUAUAAUUAUAUUUGUGUUCAAGCCGCCGCUACUUUAAGCCAGCUCAAUUCUUUUGCCGACAUCCUAAGUAUUGAUGUCGUCCUGAAGUUGCUGAGCAUAUCGGCGUUGGCCCUGAUACCCGCUGUGUAUGGACAAAAGAUUGCAGCAUGGACACGUGGACGAGGAACUGGAGACGAUGGGGAGGAAGUUAAAUUGCAGCAAGCCUGAGAGGCGGUUUGUUGCUUAUUGUAUAAAGCCGCUAGCAUCAUCCUUUUGAUGGCGCGGACAUGGAACAUAGACGGAUUUGACGAGUGCAAAUAUAUAGACAUACUUUUAUCGUUUACGAAAUAUAAUUCAAUUCAACCUAGCUUUUCAGGAAUCCAUAGGGGUUAAUCGGACCGCUAUUAAUUGAAAGGAUGCUGAUGGGAUUUUUCAG